AUGCGAGACGAUGAACACAUCGGACAAUCUCAUUUGGCCAAAGACGAAGACGGAAUGACUGACAUAUCACUUUCCGAUAUGGGUGACCCAACAGAGAGUCGCAUAGAGCGCCAACGUCACCUUUCACCAACAGAACAGACAUCAAUGCACCCAGGUGACUGCAUUACUUUAAAAGAAGAGAUGCCCGAUUCACACCUGAGCGUUGUUGAUAUGGAUGGCGUAACUGGACAGUCACUGAAUAUGGACGGAUCUGAAAAAGGAUCAGUUGCUUCUUUCUCGUCUGUCGUCGUCCACGAAGCUGAUGAGGACUCAUCAUACGGAGAUGAAGUAGCACUCCUGCACAACAGUAACAAGGACGGGGGGUCCCUUAAUGGGAGUGCGAAGGCGCUGGCAAGAGGCAGUAGCAACAGCAGUGCUGGUUCGCCGUCGAAUAUUAGCGAAGAGGCUGGUCAGACGAUGAACAGCUACGGAUCUGGAGCGACAUCUUCAGGCGAGAAAUACGCCGUACCGGACUUCCAUGACUGCAAGAAAUUCCCUUCUGCCUCUACUGCCACCACUACCACAACUUCCUCUUCAACUUCAUCUUCUUCAGCCUCCUCUUCUUCUUCUUCAUCGACUUCGUCUUCCGGUGUGGACAAGACCGGUAUGUCGUCCACUGUUGUCGCUGAUCGAUCGCCGAGCCAGUCCCCACAUGAAUCAGACAUCACAAAAGGUGUGGUCAUUGGUGGCAGCGCAGUGGACGGCGGGAUACUUGCCAGGCACCAAAUGAUCAAGGGAAAUGCAGUCUCCGGCGGUGCAGCGGCUAACAUGAGGGCUGGAGAAGUGACUGUACGACCAACUACUACACAGAGCUCAGCCUACCAACAGCUUUUUGGAGACAAAUCACUGACAGCAUCGACUGGAACUGGAUCGGCUACAUUCCCGCCAAUGAUCCAAUCCAUGUUCAGUGAUCUGAGCAGCGCCAGUCAAGCUUCGAGACCGUUCUUCUCUUUCCUUGACGGAAAUGUAUACAAAUCGUGCUUCGAGAACUUCAUGGCCCCUCGUCAGUUUUUCCAUCAACUGCCGUCACAUCCUGCCUUGAAAGGUAAUUACUAUCUCAUGUAA